AUGGCGCUUCUACCUAAGUGCGAGGCUGGAAUUAUCGGCAUCAACAUUCUCUAUGCAUUGGGAUUCUUAGAAUAUUCUUUUUCCUUUUACCUCUACAUCAUUUUUGCAGUUGUUUUAUGGAUGACCUUUUGUCUUUGCCUGUAUUUUGAGUUGUCAUGGCAGCAAAACAAGCAUUUCACCAAUAGAACAUUUUUCAGGCCUCGUGCAAAACCUGCCUUCUGGACAAUGCUUUUAUUUCCUAUUACUCUCUUUUCUCUGCUCACCUCAUCAGUGCUUGACACAACUGCUACAAUGUUGAUAUUGCAAGCAGGACUACUUCUUGUGCAACCACUAUUUCUUGCUGGUAUCCUUUGGUGGUCUCAAGCUAAAGACAUACAGAAAAUAUGCAUUAAAUUUAGUGCAAUAGCAGGUUUACUAGAGAUUCCUCUUGUGUUCUUCAUGAGUUUUCAUGUUGGAAUUGACUUCCCAGCAUCUACAAGCCUGGUUCUAAUGGUCUUUGGUCAUCUCUAUACUCUACAAGGCCUUAUUUUCUUUUUACCCAAAACUUUUACUUAUGGAGAAGUAUCUUUGGUUUCUCAAAUGAUGGUAUUUUUCACAUACAGGAGUUGCAGUAUCAUUUUACAAGCAAAACAGAACUUGGAUUUACCAGACAAAGAUGAACUCAUGUCUACUGUAAUGUUUUGUCUUAUGGUAGCAGUGGUAAUUUUCCAUUUCUUUCCGGAUCCACUAAAUGCUAGCAGAUUCUAUGGAACCUACAUUGGAAUUGGCAUUGUAUUUGCCAUUUAUUGGUUUGCUCGUUUGUAUCCAUAUAAUUUACAAGCAAUUAUCUCCAACUUUGAUAUCUCAGUUUCCAAGGUCUGUUUACUGCUGUACUGGUGCGUUUGGGCAGGUUUUGCUAUCAAAGUGGUCAUCAACUAUAAUACAAGCAAAGACCCAACAACCACUAUUGUGAGGAAAUAUUUUCACCUUGUCAUGGUUGGGGUUUACUUUCCUGGUCUCCUCAUUGAUACACAGUUUUUGUCACUCGCUGCAUCUUUGGCUUUUGCCAUUCUUUUGGGACUUGAGCAAGUGAGAAUGUACAAAGUGCCUCCAUUUGGUUCUCUUCUUCAUAAAAGCCUGUCUAUCUUCCUUGAUGAUAAGGACACAGGACCUUUCUUUGUGACCCAUAUUUACCUACUGAUUGGAUUUUCAGUACCUGUGUGGUUAUCAGCUACCAACGCCAUACUGCAUACGCACUACGUGAGCGCUUUUGCAGGAUUCCUCUCUCUUGGCAUUGGAGACUCGGCAGCUUCCACCUUUGGUAGCAAGUUUGGAAAGAUAAAGUUAUCAGGCACAAGUAAAACAUUUGAAGGGACGUUAUUCUCUAUUAUUGCUCAACUGAUUUUUGUUUGGUACCUGAGCUUUAUGGUUCACUUUCCAAUCAAUCUGCGACUAGUUUUCACCAUUGCUAUCACUUCUCUUUAUGAAGCCUUCACAGACCAAAUUGACAAUCUUGUGCUACCUUUACUUAUUUUUCCUUUCCUCAAUCUCUUGUAA